AUGGCCUCGUCACUCGCAAGUGAAAGCUCCAACGCACCCAAGGCGUUCGGCUCGCCUGGUUCCAACUACAACUACAGCGCGAACAACGGCUACUUUCACGUGCAGUCGUAUGGCCAGCCGCAGGCCGAUUCAAACAACGCGAACGGGUACGCCCAGCAGCAGCCGCAACAGCAGCAGGACACCACCAAUGUCGCCGGCUUUAACGGCUACACCCAAGACCCGAACGGCAACAUCUACGGCCCGGCCGACUUCCCCGGCCCUCGCUUCGAGUUCCUGUUCUUGUCAUUCCCGGCGUAUGGCAUGCUGCGCAUGCCCAGUGCGGGCGCGUGGCACCCGCCGCUGCUCCUGCUCACGCAGAGCCCAACGUUCGUGCACCUGCCGGUGACCCCACUUGAAGAUGCGCUGCAUAUUGGCGCGCCGGCGUUGAGCCCGCAUGCGGCGUUUGCGCAGAUGGGUUUGGGCAACGGUGCAAAUGGGAAUGUUGGUGGUGGGCAGGGAGGGGGGCAAGGGAUGGAGUACGAGUGGCAGAGCCAUUCGUGGUGCGGGCAUUAG